AUGUCACGGCUAUCACCCCACAAUAUUUUAUUGCGUGCAGGCAGGCCCUUGCAGUUUUUUGUGGGAUCGCGAGCUCCUCUUAGCACGUCUGGCCAGUUAGGCAAUGUCAAAGAUCCCCAAUCUCCUGCAACAAAGUCAGAUGGAACAGAAGAAAUGUCAACACAACCUCGACAGCCCUUCGAUUCGCCAGUCAAGGAAUGGGGAGAACGUCUAAGUGAUAUCAACCGCAAUGCGCGACUACCGAGAAGCGUACAAGCGCUAUACCUACGGCCGCUCCGGAGAAAGGCCGAAUACGGCCUUCCGGUUUGCGACCUUCAGUUAAGAUCGUACAGCGUGCGGAACCUCGAAUUUUUCACAGAUUUUGCUAUUCGAGCUGCCUAUUACUUGAAACUCCCGGUCUCUGGUCCUGUCCCCCUACCCAAAAUUACCGAGCGAUGGACUUUCCCUCGGAGUAAUUUUGUACACAAGAAGAGUCAGGAAAAUUUUGAACGUAUAACCCUUCGCCGGUUGAUUCAGAUUAAAGAUGGGAAUCCCCAAGUUGUCCAAGCUUGGCUUGCCUUUGUCCGAAAGCAUGCAUUCUAUGGUGUCGGGAUGAAGGCAAAUGUUUGGGAGCAUGAAAGUAUCGAAAUUGCGAGAAACAUGGACCAAGCUCUUCCCGAGGUUGAAAAAAACCUCGAGCUUCAUCUCUCACGGUUUGGCCGUCGUGAAGACAAAACAUUCGAGGCAGGGGAAUCGUUAUCUGAGUUUUUGGGAAACGAGCGGUUAUCUUUAAACAAGGGACCACUGGCUGCUUAG